AUGAGGUGGGAUGUGGGUGUGUCACUGCCAAAGGACUCUAGGAAUUCAAAGGGGUCUUUGGUUGCUCCAGGAUUUGUCCAGCUGGUCGGAGGGGACAGCCCCUGCUCAGGACAUGUGGAGAUCCAUGACGGGAACCAGUGGCGAUCUCUCUGUGACUCAGACUUUGAUCCCAAAGCUGCCAACGUGGUCUGCAGGGAGCUACAGUGUGGUGCAGCCCUGUCCGUGCCCAUGGCAUCUCACUUUGGAGAAGUUGUUGGUCCCAUGUGGGACAGAGAGCUGCAGUGUGUGGGGAACGAAUCCCUUCUCGCCUCCUGCCCCAGGGGAUCCCCCAGGGACCAGCCCUGCACCCACAGGAAUGCUGCUGGUGUCACCUGUACACGGUUCAGGCUGGUGAACGGCAGCACAGCGUGUGAGGGGAGGGUGGAGGUCCAGGUGCUGGGGACCUGGGGCACCCUUUGUAGCUCCUACUGGGAUCUCCGGGAUGCUCACGUUCUCUGUCAUCACCUCAACUGUGGCUUUGCUGAGUCUAUUCCUGGAGGAGGACAUUUUGGGAGAGGAACUGGUCCCAUCUGGAGAGACUCAUUCCACUGUGAUGGGACUGAGGCCCACCUGGGUCAGUGCCCAGUGACUGCCCUGGGGGCCUCGCCAUGUGCCCAUGAGAACAAUGCUGCUGUCAUUUGCUCAGAUGAAUCAGCAUCCCUGCGGCUGGUGGAUGGAGGGAGCCGAUGCGACGGGCGAUUGGAGAUCUUCCAGCAUGGGACAUGGGCCAGAGUUCUGGAUGACCGGUGGGACAUGCAGGAGGCCCAUGUGGUGUGCCAGCAGCUGCAGUGCAGAGAAGCAGAAAAAGCCUACAACCCCCCGAAACCUCAGAGAGGAAUGGGUCCCGUGGGGCUGCGAGGGGUUUGGUGCAUGGGGCAUGAGGCCAACCUGACCCUUUGCAACACCUCCCUGCCGGAGAGUGCCCUGGGGGCAGGGAUUGCAGAAGAUGUGGGGGUCGUUUGCUGGGGGAGCCGGCAGGUCCGGCUGGUGAACGGCUCUGGGCGCUGCGCCGGGAGAGUGGAGAUCUACUACCAAGGCAGCUGGGGAACUGUCUGCGAUGACGGCUGGGACCUGCCUGACGCGGCCGUCGUUUGCCACCAGCUGGGCUGCGGGGAGGCCCUGGAGGCCCGUGGCUCUGCCUGGUUUGGGGCCGGCUCUGGGCAGAUCUGGCUGGAUGGCAUGAACUGCUCCGGGGCUGAAGCUGCUCUCUGGGACUGCCCAGCAGAGUCCUGGGGGGAGCACGACUGCGGGCACAAAGAGGACGCAGGAGUCGUCUGCUCAGAGUUUGUGUCCCUGAGGCUGGAGAACAGCAACAACUGCUCUGGGCGCCUGCAGGUUUUCUACAAUGGGACAUGGGGAAGCAUUUGUUCCAACUCAAUGUCUCCCAAAACGGUGUCACUUGCAUGCAAGGAGCUGGGCUGUGGGGAAGAAGGGUCCCUGGAAACCCACUUGCUCUAUGGCAGAGUGUCUGGGCCCGCCUGGCUGGAUCACGUGGAGUGUGGGGAAAGCAACAGCUCUUUCUGGCAGUGCCCUUCUUCUCCAUGGCACCUGCAGUUGUGUGAUGGCCUGCGAGAUGAGACCCACAUCAUCUGCAAUGACAGGGAGAGGAUUCGUGCUGUGGGAGGUGAGAACAGGUGCUCGGGCCGAGUGGAGAUCUGGCACCGCGGCUUCUGGGGGACGGUGUGUGACGACUCCUGGGAGCUGCAGGACGCGGAGGUGGCCUGCAGGCAGCUGGGCUGUGGCCCCGCCGUGUCUGCCCUAGAUGAGGCUGCCUUUGGGGAGGGGAUGGGCCCCAUCUGGCUGGAGCAGGUGGAGUGCCGGGGCACAGAGCCAUCCCUGCGGGACUGCUGGGCCCGGGCUGGGGACAGCGGGGCCUGCCGGCACAAGGAGGACGCUGCUGUGCGCUGCCGGGGCUCUGAGGGAGCUCAGGAUCCCUUCCCUGAGGCCAUGUACGAGGAGAUUGGUUACAGCUGGUCAUGGGAGAAGCAAGCGAGGCUCAGCAGCUCAGCCUCCUAUUCAGAGGGGUUCCUCACCAAGCUGCAGCCCUGCCCUACGGACAACAUCCCUGUCCUGUCUGGAGGUGAGCCAGUGAAUGGCUAUGAUGAUGCCAUGGAGGUUUCUGACCCUGUGGAGGAUCCAAUCCCUGGGCAGGAAGACUUGGAAAAUCCCAGGGCACCAGAGGACACAGCAGGGCCCAGGGAUGCACCUGGAGGGGCAGCUGGCACCAUCGGAAUGCCUAAGUAA